AUGUAUUCCAUUCGGGUUGCGCAAAAGGCGCAGUCCGUAUUUCGAAGCGCUGCAAAAUCUCCGUGUUUUCCUCAUACUAAAAUCCCUGCGAGAUGUAUCACCACCGUGCAGUCCGACAUUUUCAAACCCACCAAAUACGGCGGCAAAUACACCGUGACGUUAAUUCCGGGAGAUGGAAUUGGUGCUGAAGUCGCGGAAUCUGUGAAAACAAUUUUCAAAGCCGAUAACGUACCCAUCGAAUGGGAACAAGUUGACGUUAGUGGCGUGGAUACGGGAAAUAAACAUUCAGAGGAAUUGUUUAAGGAGUCUAUCGCAUCUUUGAGACGGAAUAAGAUAGGCCUGAAAGGUAUUUUGCACACGCCGGUGGAACGAUCGGGUCAUCAAUCGUUCAAUGUGGCUCUCCGACAAGAACUCGACAUCUAUGCCUCGAUUGUUUUGAUUAAAAACAUUCCUGGUUAUAAAACGAGGCAUGACAAUGUGGACUUGUGUAUCAUUCGCGAGAAUACUGAGGGGGAAUACUCCGGUUUAGAGCACCAAUCCGUCAGCGGUGUCGUUGAAUCGCUUAAAAUUAUAACCCGAGCCAAGUCCGAGCGUAUCGCAAAGUUUGCAUUCAGUUUCGCACUCGCUAAUAACCGCAAGAAAGUGACAUGCAUUCACAAGGCCAACAUUAUGAAGCUUGCUGAUGGCCUUUUCCGAAGCACUUUCAAGAAGGUCUCUGAAAGUUACCCUACACUUGAAGUCAACGACAUGAUCGUCGACAACGCAUCUAUGCAGGCUGUUUCUCGACCGCAACAAUUCGACGUAAUGGUCAUGCCUAAUUUAUACGGAGGUAUACUGUCAAACAUUGGUGCAGCGCUGGUGGGCGGCCCGGGCAUCGUUCCAGGAUGCAAUAUGGGUCGAGACGUUGCUGUAUUCGAACCCGGUUGUCGGCACGUUGGUCUUGAUAUCAAAGGCAAGGACCAAGCAAACCCAACAGCCUUGAUCCUUUCGGGCUCUAUGCUUCUCCGUCAUCUCGGUCUUGACGAACAUGCAAACCGUAUAUCCAAGGCAGUUUACGAUGUAAUUGGUGAAGGUGUUAUUCGAACUCGGGACAUGGGUGGUCAGGCCACUACCCACGAGUUCACUCGAGCUGUUCUAGAUAAAAUGGAAGCAGCCCUUUAA